GAAAUAUUAACAUGAUAUGUUUUCCUAUAGAUUUUUAAAAAUUUUACAGGAUGCCUAGGAGGGUGAGAUGGAUGAGAAGAAAACCAGGUGAAACAAUUGGGAGCUCGGACAUUGAGGAUGGGAGAUGGAAAAAAGAAUUUGGGAGUUGAUGGGAGUGGAGAACACAGAUGACCGAGAGAGAGAGAGGUCCUAACGGGUGUUACUCUGGUAGACUCUGAUAACCAGGUGUCUUAAUAGUGCAAAUAAAGAGUUUCAUUUUCAUGUAGACUCCCAGUUCAUGUGUUCACCACUGUCUAAUAAUAUUUUCUUUCUGGCAGUAGAUUUCACAUUCCAAAUGGUAAGGGUAUAGUUCUCUUUAGCAUCAGCUUUCUGAUGGAGGGAAGCAGGUGGUGUUCAGGGGCGGAGAGGUGGUGAUGCUGUGAUGGAGAGUGUUCUCACAGAGGUGAGGACCAAGGACUGGGUGAAACCUGGGGAUCUGGCAGGCACCACAAGCUAGAAGUAUCCUGCGAUGAUCGUUUCUCUUUUCCUGGUAGUUCCCUUACACAGACCUCCAGCUGCCAGUUUUAUGCUUGCUGAAGAAACCCAUCUAGCUACAGUUAAAUAUAAAGGCUUCAAAUUAAAAUGGAUUUGAGUUGACCAACUAGCUCAUCCACAUUAAAAUAUAACCUUUGCGACCCUGUGGACUGUAGCCUGCCAGGUUCCUCUGUCCAUGGGCUUCUCCAGGCAAGAAUACGGGAGUGGGUUGCCAUGCCCUCCUCCAAGGGAUCUUCCCAACCCAGGGAUUGAACCCAGGUCUCUUUAAGUCGACCUUCAUUGGCAGGUGGUUCUUUACCACUGGUUCCACCUGGGAGGCCCAAAAUAUAAUCAAGUCUGCAUGACAUGCAGUUCUUUCCAGCUUUGACAAGGGGAAAAUAAUGGUUGUCUGAAGUGGGAAAGUACUCGAAAGGACAAGGAUGAAGAAAACGGAAAGGUGAGAUUUUGAAGAAGGCAAACCAAAGACUUCAUGAUUUUGCCUUGGUCUGACCUAGUGAUCCUCAUUUGGGUGAAGGGAAAACAGUCUGUGCAGAAGUCUCUUUCUGAGUUAACUGCUGGUGUUUCUUUCUCGCUUGGCAUCAAAGGUGAAGCAUUUCUUUUAAAGCGUAUGCCAGCUCUUUCCAAAGGGAGCUUUGUUCUCAGAUGAUCCAAUAAUUAAAGUAUCACUGCAGAAAUUGAGACAAAGUUCAAUCCCUAUUGCAGAACUCCUUGGUGUGCUUCAUUUUUAAAUCUCAUUUCUCCUCCCCUUGUGGCUCCAAACACACUCUUCCUCCUCUUAGGCCCAGAGUGAUUUCAGAGGAUUCUGUAGCAAGUUCUUAGAGGCCCAUUGUGCAGUAACAAAGAAUUCGGAACUGCGGGUUCUGUCCUCGCUUGCUUCCCUGAGUGGGAAGGCUACCCUCACCCCUCUGGUAGAGGAGGAUGGGCAGUGCCCAGGCCUGCAAGCUUGCUGUGAACUAGGAACUCAACAUGCCAAUCAAACCUGUUGGGUGGAUAUGUGGGCAGGUGUUGAAGAACUUUUCUGGAAGAAUUGAGGGGAUCCAGAAAGUAAUCAUGGACCUUAUAGAUGAGUUUAAAGAUGAAUUCCCUACCAUCCUCAGAUUAUCACAGUCUAAUCAGAAAAGAGAACCCAUGCAAAAACCAUCCAAAAUCAGAAUGGCUAUCGCUUUAGCCAAGAUCAACCGAGGGACAUUAAUUCAAGGAUUAAACAGCAUUUCCAGAUCCUCCAAAUCAGUUGCCAAACUUCUGCAGCCUCAGCUUGCAUGCAGACUUUUAGAGUUAAGGGCCAUAUCUCAUCGUUUGCUCAAGGAAGUUAAUGCACCAAGGCAACCCCUGUACAACAUACAGGUCAGAAAGGGAUCUUUGUUUGAAAUCAUUUCUUUCCCAGCAAAGACUGCUUUAACUAGCAUAAUGUGCGCUUCAUAUGCAGCACUCAUUUAUUUGACCGUCUGUGUUAAUGCUGUGCUGGAGAAGAUAAUGAAGAUUUUCCAAGAAGAAGAAUCCAUAAGGCAAAACAGAGAGGAGAGUGAAAAUUUUAGAAAUGCCUUUUCGGAGCCUGUGCUUUCUGAGCCUCUGUUUCCCGAAGGUGAAAUCAAAGCAAAACCUUACAGGUCAUUACCCGAGAAGCCAGACAGUAUUUCCGAUUGCCCCAAACUUCCUGCUAAUAAGUUGAGUAAUAAGAUUCAGGUUUUACAUUCUGUGUUUGAUCAAUCAGCUGAAAUGAAUGAAUGAACAAAUCUGAACUUAAAUAUCACUGAACAGAGCUUAAGCAUUAUCUAAUGACAUAACUCGGAAACUAGUUUUUAUGUUCUGACUGCUCUGCUUUGAAAAAAAAUGGGGGUGGGGGAGGGACUAUUGCUAAAAUGUCAUUCUCAAGUAUUUAUAUGGUAGAGAAAAUAAAAUGAAUCAAUGUUGA